AUGGCCGUCAAGAUGAACCUCUGGUCCCUCACCCUCCUUCCUGGAGAGCGAUACCCCCUCUUCGUCCGAAGAGAUUUCCAAAUCACCAACGUAGCCCUCGGUGAAGAGCUCGUCUCCAAGGACGGACGAUCAGUGGUCAAAGUCACCCACAACCCUAUCCCUUCUUCCGCUUUGGAAUCUGAUUCCGAGUUCGACUCUGACGAGUACGACUCUGAAUUCGACGAUGAGGAGCUUGAUGACGAGGAAGAUGAUGAAGAGGAGGAGGAACCUAAAGCUGCUAAGAAAGCCGAUGGUGUCAAGAAGGCAGAGGUAGAUGCUGAGAUGGAUGAAGACGAGGACUCUGAAGACGAAGAUUACAGCGUCGAUGACUCUGAUUUGGAUGGUGAGAUCGAGGAGACCAAUGUCAUCACCUCUCUUACCGCUGGACGAAUUGAACAAGCUACCGUCAACCUUACUUUCGUUGAGGGUGAUGUUGUGAUCUUCGAGACCACCGGUGAAAACGCCGUUCACCUCCUCGGUAACUACAUCGACCAAUUCCCAGAUGUCUCUUCCGACGACGAAUCCGACUCUGAAUUCUCCGGCGAUGAUGAUUACUCCGACAUCUACGGUUCGGAUGAUGAUAUUGAACUUGACACUGACGAGGAAGAGGCUGUCGCCAAAAUCACCGAAAUCCCUGUUGAAAAGCCCGCUAAGAAAGCCCUUCCCGCUGCUGAAGCCAAACCCAAGAAGGCCGAAGCUCCUGCCGCCGAGAGCAAACCUGCUCAGAAGCGAAAGGCUGAUGACAUCGACUCUCCUGCCAAAGCUGCUCCCGCCGCUGCUGCUGACGGCGAAGCUUUGAGCAAGAACCAAAAGAAGAAAUUGGCCAAGAAAGCCAAGGUAGAGGGUGCUGCUCCCGCCGCUGAGAAGAAGGAGGAGAAGAAGCCUUCGAAGAAGACACUCCCUUCCGGUCUUAUCAUCGAAGAUGUCAAAGUGGGUGAUGGACCUGUAGCCAAGACCGGUAAACGAUUAGGUAUGAGGUACAUUGGUAAAUUGACCACUGGAAAGCAAUUCGACGCCAACACUUCCGGAAAACCAUUCACAUUUGUUCUCGGUAAAGGUGAAGUGAUCAGAGGUUGGGAUGAAGGUUUGGCCGGUAUGGCUGUAGGCGGCGAGAGGAGAUUGACCAUCCCCCCUCAACUCGCUUACGGCAGUCAGAAACUCCCUGGUAUCCCUAAGAACUCCACACUCAAGUUCGAUGUCAAACUUGUAUCGAUCAACUAG